AUGCCUAUCUUCAAAUCCCAGCAACCGCCCAUUGACGUGCCCUGGCAUCUGCCCGUCUGGACAUGGCUGUUCGAGUCCGAAUACAGCCCGCUGCGGAAUUACAAGCCUGAAGAGAUCCAGGGGUAUACCAACGCAGUUACCAAAGAGCAUCUCAGUUACGCCGACUUGAAGGGACAUACCACGCACCUUUCGACAGCGCUGGUCCGGAAAUAUGGGCUCCAACCAGGGCAGACGGUGGCUCUCUUCUCCCCCAACACGGUGUGGUAUCCUUGCGCCAUGUUCGGCACUCUGCGGGCGGGCGGCGUCGUGUCCGGAGCGUCGCCGGCCUACAAUGUCGAGGAGAUGACCUAUGCCUUGAAGACGGCCGAGGCCAAGUUUCUCUUCACCGUCCCGGGCAGUAUGCAAGUUGCCGCGGCCGCCGCCCGAGACGCCGGGAUCCCGCAAGAACGAGUGUUUCUGCUUGAGGGCCAAAUGCCGGGGUUCACCACCAUGUCUGAGCUGCUGGAGCUAGGCAAGUCGUAUGGGUCCGAUGGUCAGGUUGAGCCGUUCAGACUGCCACCAGGCAAGAAGAACAAGGAUGUGUGCGGGUUCUUGUCCUUUAGCAGCGGAACGACAGGACUGCCGAAAGCCGUCAUGAUUGCACAUUCCAAUGUGAUCGCACAGUGUCUGCAGAUCCAACAGAUCACUCCGGAUACCUUGCGCCGGAUCCUGGCCGUGCUCCCUCUGUUCCACAUCACGGGUCUCGUCCAUCAGUUACACCUGCCGGUCAUUCUCAAUGCGAACGUCUACAUGCUUCCAAGCUUCUCGAUGGACUCGAUGCUCGCAACAGUGCAGGAAUACAAACUCGAGGAGAUGCUGCUGGUCCCGCCCAUCCUCAUCCGCAUGGUCCGUGACGAAGGAACACUGCGCAAGUACGAUCUAAGCACCCUGAAGCGGUUCUCUUCGGGCGCGGCGCCCCUGUCGGCCGAGAUCCUGGAGUUGCUCAAGAGGCGCUUCCCGGGCACGGGCUUCAAGCAGGGCUACGGCAUGACCGAGUCAUGUUCGUGCAUCACGGCCCAUCCGCCCUCCAAAUACGACUACAAAUAUGCAGUCCGCGUCGGCACGGUCGUGGCAUCGACCGAAGUCAAGAUUGUCGAGCCGGAGACAGGCAACGAGUGCGGGCUGAACGAGCCCGGCGAGAUCUGGGCUCGUGGGCCGCAGAUCGUCAUGGGCUAUCUCAACAACCGGAAGGCCACAGAGGAGACGUUCGACCAGGAUGGCUUCCUGCAUACCGGCGAUAUCGGCUCCGUUGACGAGGAGGGCCUGAUCACCAUCACUGACCGGCUGAAGGAGAUGAUCAAGGUCAAGGGCAUCGGGGUCGCGCCCGCGGAGCUGGAGGAUCUCCUCCUGGGCCACCCGGAUGUCGAGGACGUCGCUGUUCUGGGCAUCCCCGACGACUACUCGGGCGAACGGCCCAAGGCAUAUGUGGUGCUGAUCCAGUCGAAGCGGUCCGACCCCGAGGGCGUGGGAAAGAAGCUCAUCGAGUACGUCCAGGACAAGAAGGUCAGGCACAAGUGGAUUCUGGAGGUUGAGGUCGUGGAUGAAAUUCCAAAGUCGCCGAGUGGAAAGAUUCUUCGACGUGUUUUGAGAGACAUGGCCAAACAGGGAAAGAAAGGCCAUGUCGUCCGGGAUGGAAGGGUCAGGGCACACCUGUAA